AUGGAUACAUACCCGCUUUUUGGCAGUGUAAGAACAAGUAAAUGGAGACAGGAAUUACUUCAGAAUGAAAAGGUAAAAGCUUUAUUUGAAAAACUUUCAAAUGAAGCAUCUCGUGAAGGUAUUCCGCUGACAUCUGUAACAGGCCAUGAAAAUGUCAUCCUAACUUGCGCCAAGUUGGAACAUAUUGAUAAGAGAUUUGGUAAAGGUGAAACGCUUUUACACUGGGCUGCCAGCUAUGAGCCAGCGUACGCAAUACCAUCAAGUAAGGUAUUAGUCCUGCUAUUACUUGGUGCGGAUCCAAAUAUUCGAGAUGAUCUCGGACGAACUCCUCUACAUUGGGCGAUAAAUCACGAUUGUUCAGAUAUCGCAGAAGAUGACGAACUCCAUUAUAACAGAAGAAGUCAAGCUAACGCUGUUAAAGUUGUUUAUCAGUUAUUACAUUACAAAGCAUCACCUGACGUCGUCGACAUUUAUGGCGCAUCACCUUUCUGUCAUGCAGUGUGGUCGAAAUGUUUCGAUAUAGCAGAUAUUCUGCGUCCACUCACAAGUGAAUGCUUUCAAAAGCCACCUAGAUUUUUGCUCGCAGAAAACGAAACAAUGAAAAGCAUAAGAUGUUCAAAUGUUGAGCAAUGGAUAAGACAGAAUACAUCAAAUGUGACAGAAAACGAAAAGAGGUUGCAGAGACUUUUAUCUUCCCCAGGGAUUGGUUUAUUACAACAUCCGGAUGAAGUUGAGCAGCAAAAAGAGCAAGUCAUUUCAUUAUUUAAAAGAUUAUCCUGUAUUAUCGCAAAAGAAGAUCAUUUACUUGAAUUCGUACCAACAUUAGCCGGCAGUAUGGCUGAGGGAACAAAAUGUCAAAAGCCUGAUGAACAAGACAUUAUUCUUCGUCUACUUAAGUUUGAAGAUGUCUGCAUUCCAGAAAAAUCCGAGUUCGCACCAGAAGGUGUCAUAACUCUAAAAUUCACUGGAAACGAAAGUAAAACAACUGAAUAUCAAAAAUAUAUCCUUGACGGAUAUUUGAACAGAGAAGAGAUUCUUUACUCUUUAAUUACAAAAUUAGAAAGGGAGCUUUCAUUGGUGUCAAACUGGUCUGGAAAAGAAUGCAUUAACAUAUACCCAUCGCAUUAUCCAACAGCAGAGCUUAAACAGGCAAUUGACACAGGGGAUAUUGGCAAUGUAAGAUUCGUUUGGCAUGGACAAUACUAUAAACAAAUCAACCUAUCGAUAGAUAUUGUACCUGCAAUCAUAAUAAGAGAUUGGAAACCGAACGAUGCAACAUCCAUCGAUCCAACAGGAGGUGCAGUUCCAAAUGAAACUUUCCUUAUUCUUCGAGCAUUCAUCGAGACUUUCGAAUACGAUCUAGAGAUACAUGGUGAAUAAAAUCUUGACACAGAAAGGUCGGGUGCGGGGCCAACAAAUGUAGAAAUAUUGAAUGGUAAAGAUUGGGAUUCGGGUAGCGAUUGCUUAUCAGAAACAAGUGACGAUGAUAACGACAAAGAAUAAGUAAAUUCAACAUCACACCUUUAUAACACUUUUAUGGCCAGGAAAUUAAGGGACGACUAUGGAUACUCGGCUCCAACAUUAAAGAGACUUCUGAGACACUGCGAUGCUUAUUUCAAUGAAGUAAAUACAAUUCAAGAACCAUAUGAAAAAGAAAAAACGGCUUAUGAUGACUACGUUCAAUUACAUCCAUUUAAGAAGCCCCGACAAUCUGAAGAAAACGUUUCCAAUUCCGUUGGAACAGAUAUGAACAAAGAAGGCAAGAAAAACAGAGAUGAAGAAGCGGUCCAUAAAUACACAGUUGACAAAAAUGUGCCAUCUACAUCAAGAGAGAGCGAAGCCAGUAGUAAAGAAGCUAGUAAUCGUAAACGUAGUAACGUGUGUGGCCUAACUGACAUUGGCGAUAACGUUAAUGAAGCUAAUCACGAUUCAACAAAUAUAGAAAAUAAAGAUGCAAAGGAAUUCUUUGAAAACGUUCUGCAUAAGUUUGCUCAAAUACAGAAAAAAUGCAAAGAAAGUGAAGGUACUUGUGGAAACGACGAUGACGGUACAAGUAAUGAAACUGAAAGCAGUGAACAUGAAGAAAACUCUGACGAUGAAUUAAUAAGAAAUGAACUUUUGAAGUCCAUCGGCUCAAAUAAAGUGGGAUACGAAGCUUUCCGCGAUAUACUGGAACCUAAAACAGAGCUUUAUCAUUCAGAGCUCAUAUGCAGCGAUGAUGACAGUAAUGAAGAUGAUACAGGGCUGGAUGAUCUCAAUAGCGACCCGCCACGCGAAGAUAUGGGUUUCAAAAUUUCAUACAGUAAGUGGGAAAAUGAGACGAUGGCAAAAUUUCCAAGCUGCAUCAAAGUUGCAUAUAUGCUUAGCAAAAUUCUUGUUUCAUAUGUUCCAAGAAUAAGAAAUCCACUCAAUAGAGGAGUUCGUAAAGUAAACGGGUAUGGUUCUGUAAAAGACAUGUUCAGCUACUUGCUAAAAAUGGCACUUUUCCAUGUAAUUCGGAAACACGGGGAUCGUCU